CCACUGACGUGUGGGGUUGUGCUAUGGUCUGCCAGUACUGCUGUGGGCAGCAGCAAACUCCAGUCCUCAAGUGGCAAUGUCUCAGCCCCCUGCUGGUCCCAGAACUUGAUCGAGGGGAAGUUUGGAAGUUUUGUGACUGGCCCUAUGUGGUCUUAACUGUAUCUGAUGUGCGUGACUGAGUGUUAAUAACAGGAGUCUUUAUCCAUCUGAGCCUCUACUUCUUAUAUAUGCAACCCAAGUUGACAGAACACUAAUAUAUGUGGAGCAUUUAAGAGGUAGAGACCCACAUGGUUAAAUUUGCUUUCAUGAUCUUAGUCUGCUUCCUUGCAUUUAGUUAUGACGUGGGAGUCCAAGUUCUUGCUUUAAACUUGGGUGAGACCUGCUCAGGUAACGUGUAGCAUCUUGCCAUCUCCUAGGAGUUGGAAGGUGUGAUGCAAAUGAACUGGGAUUACAGGGAGAAAGAAGGACAGCCUUCAUCUAAUGCAUAAAAAACAGAGUGCACUUUUAUAAUAUUCGUCACCAGAUUUAGCUGUGUGUUUCUGCUAAGAGGUGUUUGUUCUGCUUUUUCUGCUGUAUUCCAUUGGAUCCAUGCAGUUAUCCAGUUACACAAUAAGUUGACUGAAAACUUGUGCAGCGCACAGAUGAAUAAGAAGAGUGUGGAUGAUUAUCAGAUCUUGCAAAAGAGGCAGUGGAGGGCUGUGCUUUAGAGCUGUUCUUUAAAUGUCAGCCUGCAAUUAGAUCAGAUUUAAUAAGAUACUGUGAAACGGUAUGAUUAAAUUAUGUCCCUUCUUCCAGAAGAUGCUAUUAGAGUCUAAUCAGAUUAUUUAGAUCACUUUCACUACUGGUUAUGAACUGCGCAUAGCUUAGUUUCUGAGCUGUAAGAUUGAUGGUGUGAUUUAAUUGUGUAUUUAGGGUGCAGUUACAUGUGCAUUUUUUUGAUGGCAGUUUUCUGGCUAUUUUCUCGUAUGUCUUUCCUGUUCACAGACAGUUGAACAGAUGCAGCUAGCAAAAGAAGGUAACUAUAGGCCGAGGAUUAGAUCUCACAUACCAGCUGGUGUCAAAAACCUGUCCCUUGAUGAUCUCUCGUAAGCACUGUGUUUUCCAGCAAAAUGCAGAAGGGCAGUGGACUGUCAAGGAUAACAAGAGUCUAAAUGGAGUCUGGCUUAACAAACAGCGCCUGGAUCCCUCAAAAACCUAUCCUAUCACUGAAGGAGACCACAUCCAGUUGGGAGUGCCUUUGGAAAACAAAGAGACUGCGGAAUAUGAGUAUGAAGUAAUUAAAGAGGAAUGGGAGAAAAUCAAACCCUUUUUAGCCCAAAGGAAUGACCUGGGGAAAGCUAAGAGUUCAAGAACUAAACGUAAAUUUAGUUUGGAGGAAUUGGAGACGUCUGGAUCAGAAGGCCCUUCAAACUCAAGAUCCAAAAAAGACAGAGUGUCCUGUGACAAUGAACCUCUGGGUAAAUCAUGGGAAAGAGUAGAAGAGGCCAAACAGUUAACAGAGAAGAUGGAUGUCAAGCUGCUUUCUCCUGGACCAAGCGAGGGGGAUAGUGGUCCAGUGCGUAGUAGCCCUGGGCACUCUGAGAAAGCCGUGCAUGUCCCCCAUAAAGACCAGAAAGGCUCUGGUCUUGCAGAGUCAUGGACUGGCUUGGAAAUGCUGAGGAAAACUCUAGUAGAUAUAAUGAAGUUAAAGGUCAAAGUGCAGGAGAAGCAGACAGCAGUUCUGAGUGUGAAGCAGAAGCGCAGGAAGUACACUCAGAAGGAGAUCAUAGCAAUGGAGCAGGAGCUCCAAGAGUUGCAGGACCAGCUGUGCAUGGAACAAGAGCAUCAUCAGCUGCAGGUGCAAGAGCUGGAGAGGACAUUCUCAAAACAGCAGCAGAAGCUAGAGGGAGUAAAGUGGCAACAUGGGGAAGAAAAUCUGAAGGAGCAGCUGGCCCAGGUCCUGCAAGAGCAUCAUGCUUUGAUGGAAGAACUGAGCCGUAGUAAAAAAGAUUUUGAGGAGAUAAUUCGAGCAAAGAAUAAAGAACUGGAAGAAACCAAGGAGGAGAAGGAGAAAGUGAGAGCCCAAAAAGAAGAGGUGUUGAAUCAGAUGAAUGAUGUGUUGGAGAAUGAGUUGCAGUGCACAAUCUGUUCUGAGCACUUUAUUGAGGCAGUCACUCUGAACUGUGCACACAGUUUCUGCUCCUACUGUAUCAAUGAGUGGACGAAACGUAAAGUGGAGUGCCCUAUCUGCAGGCAGGAGAUCAAAUCAAAGACACGCUCUCUGGUCCUGGAUAACUGCAUUGACAGGAUGGUAGAAAAACUGGAUGUGGAAAUGAAAGAGCGUCGCCUGACCCUUAUCAGAGAGCGGAAAGGUGAGAGAGAAACAGAAAGUGUUGGUGAAACCAGCCACGGACAAUGACAGCAGUAUCAUUUCUUCCAUCUACUCCAUCUUGUUGAUGAGCAGUUGUGACAGUGAGGACUCUUGAGUACUCUUACUAUAAUGAAAGCUACUACAUUAUCUAAACACUAUUACUGCAGACUCUUGCCUGUGUGCUGCCCAGAACCAACCUAAUGGUGUUUGGUUGACUACUGCUGGAUGAGUGAACUGGACAUCUGGAAAGAGAGGCUCUGAAGAGGCUGGAGCUGACAACUAGCAGUGUUUGGAAGAAGGACCUUAUUUUUUAAAUGAAUGUACAGAAGCUUGAUCUCUAAAAUGAGACUGGGAUUGUGAGAGAACAAACUGCUGUUAUGCUAGAAGGCUGACAUACAAAACCUAGGCUUCUAUGAUCGCUUAUGACCUGCUUGGUGUAAUGUAAUAGUUUGUAUGCAUCGCUGCCCUUUCCUUAGUGAAUGACAUGUUUAAAUGUGUACAUCAGCUUCACUUAUUUCAGGAAGCAGAGGGAGUGGCUCAAGCUAUUUGAGAACUUGGCCGUCCCCACCAGCAGGCAGGAGUGGUAUAUCUUGAAAAAGUGCCAACAUGGGUUUUCCUCUUGAAUUUCAUAUGGCAGCUAGAGUCAUCCCAGGCCUCUGGCAGUAAGGAUAACAAAGGGUGGGUUAUGGAUCUUGUCAGUAUUAAGUGCUUAAAUGCAUUGUAAGCUGAGCUGCUGGCCAUUAGUUUGCUCUGUUGUUGUUACUCAUUUUCUGUUAAGAUUGGGAUGGAAAAGAUGAAAUCUGCCAGAAUUCCUUAGCUAAUGCUCUUUUCCUACAGUAUCUUUGGUUUGUUCCCUCUUCACGCUUUUGCAUAAAGGGUUUUAGGAUUGGGAAGUGAUGCAUCCAGAAGCUGUGAGCAAUGACUUCAGAAAUGCAUAUAGUUCUUGUCAGCAGCAGAGAGGAACCUGCCUCUUCAGAAAUGAUGCUAUCUGAAAUGUUCUGUUGUCAGGGUAGGAAAGCCACGUCUGUAGGCAACCACAAGGCACAGAAGGAAGCAUUUAGUUUUAUUGUUUACAAAACAUUGUUGAGCCAUGGAUUGUACUACCCUCACAGCAAAUCCCUCACCCGUAAGAGAUUGAGCAAGUCUUGCCUUAUCUUCUCAUGAUUUUGUCUAUGAGGUUCCAUUUUCAGUGGGAUAUGCUUUUGACUUGGGUGUUACAUGGGAAGGACUGUUUUACACUGUGAGAAGAUGGGGGAAGCCCUUCUCUGUAGUAUUUCUUUGGCUAUUUGUAUGUACUUUCUUGUGUCUAUGUUUAUUUUGUUUAAGAAGGAAAAUAUAAAUCCAUUUCUGCAUUAAUCUCCUUGGUGCAACCACUGAGAUGUCUCUUCUAGUUGUCUUAGAUUUUUUUGAGAAAACAGACUAUCUCAUUUUAAUGACUUUGCUUCAUGUUUUGAUUGCAGUGUGACUGUUUUAAAAUUAUUUGAAAGACUGGUGUAUUCAGGAGAUGUUCAAAAACAAUCUAACUCUUCAAGCCUGUGGCUAUUCCAGUGGUAAUCUAGUAGAUACAAUCAUACCUCUUAACUUCUUCCACUAAAGAAAGUUUCUAUUAAGAAGGUGCGUAAAUGAUGAUGCUGUCCUAAGGAAGUAGUGCGUUCUGACAGAUUUGAUUGUUAGUACUGAGAGGGGAGGUAGGGCUGAUCAGUGGGCCAGGCAACUUUCUUAAAAUCUUAGUGUAAUGUUUCUUUUGUGAAGGAGUCAUUACAUCUUGAGUUUUCCUCUUUUUAAUGUUAAUUUUCUGUAUGUGGUCUUGAAAGUUUCUUUUGUGAAUAUGUGCUCUCUAGGAUGUCUAAGAGGGUUCCUGAAAACACGUGUGAAAUAGGCUGAUGUUGGAACAGGCAUUCCCAAUGCAGAGGAGUAGGAGGAAAAUAUUCUGGUUACCUAGGACUGCAAAUUUUUCUACUGUGUAUGUCUUCCAUGUUGCUGCUCUUCUUCUUGCUCGUUUCAUUUUGCUAAAUAUAUUUAUUUUGUUAUGUUCGUGUUUAUGCAUACUGCAGAGAAGGAUAACUCUUCUGCUAGUAACUGAGUAGUACUUUAGUGCGAUUUGUGAGUGUGUCCUGUUUUCACUAGAAUAUGAACAACACAAGUGCACACCAACCACUUCCACUGUUACUGGUAUGUGCAUAGUGUGUAAAGCUCCACAGAGAGGUUAAGUAAUAAUCCUGUUCACUCGCAGAAGCAUUUCAUGACAAAACCAGACCUCUCUUUACAGUUCAAUAAGUUCCUCAGUAAAACUACUAUUGGAUACAGAGCUGAUGACUAGGCAUACAAAAGUGUCAGGCAAACUGUUGAGCUUCUGCAAAAGGUGUCCUUAUUUCUAAUACUCUCCUUUGGUCUAAGGUCUGGAUCCUUUCUUCUGCUUGAUUGUACAUCUAAAUGUCCCCUUGGAGAUGUCAAGCCCUGAACCUGUUGGGGGAUGGCAUCGAGCACUUCCUGUCUGGCAACCAGGGUUUAGGUUACAACUCUGGGCUAGUAACUGUUGAUGCACAGCUGGCUUGAUGCAGGUUUGACUUGCUGCUUUCUGUUGGAAGGUAGCUGUCAUGUAGUGUGAUAAGCAGACACUUUCAGAGCAAUAUAUUGUUUAUCAACAGAGCAGGAGUAGCUGAGGAGUGCUCAUGGAUUGUGGAAAGGGGCCCUCACAGAGGGACCAUGUGCUGUCUCAUCAUGGGUUCCAAGAUCUGACAAUCACUUUUUUCUUGCAUGUGUAAUCUACCACGUUAGUGCUUGGUGAGCCUUAGCAACAAUUGACCUUUAACUGUGCAGAACAUGUAACUAGCAAUUUAAUAAUUCAGCUGUGUCCCACCCCCAUUUAAAUGUGU